AUGCGUCUUCUGGCAUUCGCCCACAUCAUCUGCCUGUCGGUUAAUCUCAUCUCCGCAAAUCACAACGUAUACGAGAGAAAUCUUGCCUACAAGUCACCGUUUGUUGACCACCCUCAGCUUGCCCACAACACUAGAAACCUCCAUGACACCAACAUUCAACGCCGACAAACUAUUGAUGCGGCCAGUUUCAAAGAUGAGCAUUACAUUACUUUCUAUGGAUCAGAUUUUAGCAAUGGAGAUCCGUUCGAUACAUCCGUUCUUCUUUGGACGCGUGCUGUUCCAAUUUCCUCUACUGGUGCUUUACCGGACCAAAGCGUGCCUGUUUGCUUAUCUUUCAAAAUUGCUACCACCUCCGACCUAUCUGGAAAAAUCAUAGAUAGUGGAGAAGCUUUUACCAGCUAUGACGUUGACUGGACAGUUAAGGUUGAAGCCUCGGGUUUGAAACCGGAUACAAAAUACUUCUAUCAAUUCAGCGACUGUGCUUCAAAAACAUCAAGUCCUAUUGGCUCCACCCGAACAAUCGCAAGUGCAAAUAACUUAAUGUUCCCUGAGCAAGGAUGGUUCAACGCAUAUGGCUUUGCUGCCCAUAAUACGACAGCAGAUAUAUUUAUACACCUUGGUGAUUAUAUUUACGAAUCUUUGGGUAGUGGUGCCAAGAUCGGCAGACAAACUCUGGGCCGCGAGCUGGCGACCAUUCACGACUAUCGACAACGACUCAACCAAUACAGAACGGAUCAGAGCCUUGUUACUGCGCACCAGAAUGCCCCAUGGAUUACAGUUUGGUAUGUCGCAGACAACUCCUGGAAGGCAGGCACGGCAGAUUCUAAUGACACCACCAUUGGCUGCGCCUUUUCUCCCUCGGGAGCGUGUUUCACUGAUCGGAAGCUGGCGGCCGUGCGCGCUUAUCACGAAUGGAUGCCAAUCCGUCAGGUCGACCCCCAGGACAAGCUCAGGAUAUGGAGAAACUUCCAAAUUGGAAAGCUACUAGAUCUUACCAUGCUUGAUACUCGUCAAUAUGACCGGGAUCUUACUGAUGUUUACUACAACACCGUUGACUUGGAUGCAUGGGAUGGAUACCGGGCCAAUCGUGCUCGCGUGCUCGACCAUCUCUACAACAACAAGAUCAGCAAUACCAUCAUUUUAUCUGGAGACAGCCACGCUAACUGGGUAUCUGAUCUAGCUCAUCCCAAUGACACAGUAACCUACAACCCUACCACGGGUGCAGGUGCUAUUGGUGUGGAGUUUGCGGGUACUGCCGUUACAUCAGGGUCUGCCUUUGGUAGUGGUAUCACUCCUGAGAAGGCAGAUGUUAUAUCACGCACUCUCGUCGAUGUCAAUGCUGACCUUCAAUGGAGCGAAGGAUCUUAUCGUGGCUUCUUCACAUUGUCGAUUGACUCAGACCAUCUGAAUGCUACCUACUAUGCUAUGCGGAACGUCUCUUUCGCUAAUCUUGAUGGAUUUGCGAGCGCACAAUUCACCGUCAAGGCUGGACAAAAUAGACUCUCACGACCAGUCGCUGGUGGAUCUGUCAACGCGGGCGUGUUGAAGUCCCAAUUAUAG